CGUCACCGGUGGCGCCGUCGGAGCUGUGCCACGGGUACUAUGACGUCAUGGGCCAGUACGACGCGGCCUUCAACUGCUCGACGGGCAACUUCCGGUUCUGCUGCGGCACGUGCCACUACCGCUUCUGCUGCGAGCACCGGGGGCGGCGCCUGGAACAGCGGCGCUGCACGAACCUGCAGAGCCCCGGCUGGGCCCGCGCCCCGCCGCCACCCCCCCCGCGCCGCGGAGCCGCCGCCGCCAGGGGAAGGGAGGGGGGGGAGGGGGGGGAGGAGGGGGAGGGGGAGCGGGAGGAGGAGGGGGAGGGGGAUGGUGGGGGAGGGGCGGGCAGCGGGACCCCGUACGUGGUGUGCGGGGUCGUGAGCCUCGUGCUGGCCGUGGCGGUGGCGGCGAGAGCGGUGCUGGGGAGGGGGGGGAGCGGGAGGGGGGAGCCGGGGCAGGAUGAUGGGGGCAGGGCUCUCAUGGACGUCCUGCGGCACCAGGCGGGGGGGGGCCGCCCCGAGCGGCGCAGCAGUGGGGUUCUGCCCCCCCCACCCCCCGACAAUGGUCCCGCCCGGCCCCCCAAGACCCUCUACAGCACCGUCAAGGCCUGCAAGGGCAGCUGGGGGGGGGCCAUAGGGGACACGGGCCCCCACAGCUACGUCCACCUGGGCAUGGGGACCCCCGAGCACCGGGCGGCCACGCUGGACUGGCGGGGGCCCCGCUCGGGCUCCCUGAGCUGCUCCCGCUCCUUCCACAACCUCUCGCACCCGCCCCCCCCCUACGAGGGCCCCGCCCCCCCGGAGCUGGGGCGCUGCACGUCCCUGCGGCGCCUGGCUGACCGGGACCCGGAUGACCCCUGGGGCAGUUACUGGGCCCCGGCCUGGGCUCCGCCCCCCCGCUCCGCCCUGCCCUUGGCUCCGCCCACCCCUCGCGGAGGCCCCGCCCCUCGCCGCGUGCUCUCGCAGGAGCUGCUGCUCGCGGGGGGGGGCUGGGGCGGGACCAUGCCCCGCGCAAGGGGCGGGGCGGGGCGGCGAGACCCCGCCCCCUCGCCGCGGCCCCCCGCCCACGCCACCUCCCACAGCAGCCUGGCGGGGGGCGUGGCCAGGCCCGGAGGCUCCUCCCCUUCGCCGCCGGCUCCGCCCCCUGGUCCCGCCCCCCCUCCUCCUCCGCCACCGCCUCCCGUUGGGAGCGGCCCCGCGCACCCCCCCCGGCGCCUGCAGCGGCAGAGCACGGCCGAGCUCCAGCUCCUGCCCGGGCCCCCCCCCCACGGGCACCACCUGAGAACCGGCAGCAGAACCGAGGUCACCGUGUGA